UCAUUCAUUUCAAGUUGGGUCAGCGCCGCCCUGAUUACCGGCGAGGAGAGUAGAGAGAUGUCCGAGCGAUAGAAUCGGGGAAUACAAAAUGGAAGACGACGUAUACUGCGUCGUUCCGUGCUCUUCCCUCGCCGUUGAGUCAAUCAUCCGCGUCGGAACGGCUGGUGCUAUCUGGGGCCUAUGCAGUGGUCCAUACGACGCUCGUAAACAAGGUUUUACUGGCCUUCGCCAAGCUUCCUUUGUGGCUAACUCCGUCGGUAGAUACGGGUUUCAAUGUGGACUUGUGGCUGGAAUUUUUAGCAUUACUAGAUGUGGGAUUCAGAGAUACAGGAAUCGGGAUGAUUGGGUCAAUGGUUUGAUUGCGGGUGCUGUAGCAGGUGCAGCCGUUGCUGCUGGGACAAGAAACUGGACGCAGGUAAUUGGGAUGGCUUGUUUGGUUUCAGCUUUCAGUGCUGCCGCUGACUAUUCUAGAACUUCUUGAGAUAACAUUUGUUCGGAGCAUGGACUGAAGAAUAACAUAUUUGAGACUUCGGCCUUCCUAGCGUACGCCAACAACUGCAUUUGUUCUUUAGCAGUUUAUCUUUGUCACACCUAAAGAAAAACGCAUUAGAGCGGGCAUGUUUUGGUCCACCCUGUAAUUGUUCAUAACCGUUUUUCUACUUUAAGGCAGUGUAUGCUUUAUACGGUUCAAGCGAUACAAGUUGAUGCUUAUUUUACUUAAAAGCAGUCGAUCUGUUACUAUUAAUGUGGCAUUUGUAGAACUGCUAUCUUCUAUCUCAUAAAAAUGGUAUUGUGGAAAUCCCAUUCAAUCA